AUUUCAACUGGCAACAUGUGGAUUUUGGAAAAAAACACACCAAAGCAGCCUGGAGGCGUAAAACAGCGUGUCAUCGGUGCCCUGCUGUACUGCACUGGAGAAAUGAAACAAUUACACACUCACAUACAGGAUAAAUCCUUCCCACUGCAGCUCUCUGAGUGGUGUUUACGUGGGAUCUCACGGGUGAUUCUGCUAAACAACCCCCUGAGUGGAGCUCUGAUUCUGGCAGCAUUGCUGCUGGAGAGCCCUUGGCAGGCUCUGCUGGGGAUGCUCGGCCUUUUGGCCUCCACCCUCACAGCUAUAAUGCUGGGACAGGACUGGGAUGAGGUUUCCAGUGGCCUUCAUGGUUUUAAUGGAAUGCUGGUGGCUCUGCUGAUGGGAGUGUUCAGCUCUGCUGGAGAUUGGUACUGGUGGCUUCUGCUGCCUGUGUGUCUCGGUGGAGCUACAACAACUUUUCUUUCCAGCAGCUUGGCUCCGAUUCUGGAACGCUGGGAUUUACCAGUUAGCGUCUUCCCCUUUAACACAGUCAUAGUGUUGUAUUUGGCCUGUACUGGCACUUCUAACCCCUAUUUUCCAAACUAUCCUGCCGAGCCACCAGGGGCGCCAGAGGGCACCAACCACACCCAACUACAUGUUCCACAGCUUCUGCAAGGGGUGGUACUUGGCGUGGGGCAGAUCUUUGCAUGUGGCACUCUAGGCCCAUCUCUGCUUAUCUUGGGUGCUGUUUUUCUCUUCUCACCAAUUCUGGCCGUCCAUGCCCUCCUGGGAUCUGUCAUUGGCACUGUGGCAGGCAUGUAUAUGUCGGUGCAGUACAGCUUUUUGUACUCAGGCCUCUCAGGGUUUAAUGGUGCUCUGGGUUGCAUGGUCGUGGGGGCAUUUUUCUUAUUUAGUUGGAGAACACAUCUCUUAUCUAUUGCAAGUGCCUUACUUUCAGCUUACACAGACAUUGCCUUGAGCAACCUGCUAGGACUUGUGGGUCUCCCAGCAAGCAGUUGGGCUGCAACUUUGACAGGCACUCUCAUGCUGUUGCUGACAGGGGAUAACCUUAAAGAAUACAGAAUCCCUACCGGAAAAGUAACCUCACCAGAACAGAACUUGCACUCACACAAGCAAUGGUCGGCGGCCAAUACAAAUGCAACUGAGGCAUAGUGUUUAAAUAAAUGCAUAUAUAAUAUAGAAAUACACCGCUGUGACAGCACGCAUUUAAAAAAUACUAGAAAAUUAAUUUAUUCAGCAAGAAUGGAUUAAAUUGAUCAAAAGUGACAAUAAAUAGUUUUAUAAUUUUACUAAAUAAAUGUCAUAUAAAUGUCUUGCUAUUCUUCUAAAGUACUAAAAAAUGUAUCACGGUUUCCACAAAAAUUUUAAGCAGCACUGUUUUUAAUGAUAAUAAUACAUAAAUAUUGCUGAAAGCAACAAUUAUCAAGGUUCAAGUAUUUUAAAGCCUUUAAGCGCAUGAGAUCAAAGAUGGAAAAAUACCAUUUACAGCCAACACAGGCAAUUUCCUCAGGAAAUAUAUGUUUUUUUAAGUGUUAUAGCGCCAACUAUGGUCCAAUCUUGAUAAAAGUUGGCAUGCUUCUUUAGAAUCAUAUGCUGCAUGUGCUCACCUAAUUGAAUCAAAAUGUGUGUAUAUAUAUAUAUAUAUAUAUAUAUAUAUAUAUAUAUAUAUCAGAUAUUACUAAGGCAGUGAAUGUAAAUAUAGAACAUACACAUAAAAAAAAAGAGACAUUUUUCCAGAAAGGAAAGAUUUUAAUGAUGCUGUAAACACGUUUUAUUCCAUUAUUACAAAACCCGCAGUUGUACUGUACCAUAAUCUUUAAAAACAUUAAAUGCAAUCAAUUUAACAUUUAAUAUUACUACCUAAGCUUAGACCUUUCAGUUUAUAUAUCACAAUUCUGACAUUAAAACCUGCAGAAAUAGUGAAAGUGCUCUAAAAAUGUAAAACUGGAUGCCUUAAAGUUAGCAUGCACAAUCAAAAGUGUCUUUUACCAUAAAUGUACAAAAAUACCAGAAA